AUGUUUGCUGCCUCUAGCAAGGGGACUGGAGAUAUUUUCCACCCACUAACUGCAGGUAUUACAAAUAUAAACUGCUCUGGCCACGUCUGGGUAGAACCAGCCACAGUCUUUAAGAUGGGUAUGGAUAUCUCUAUAUAUUGCCGAACAAUUAAGAAUUGUCAAGCAAGAAAAUUUUAUUUUUACAAAAAUGGCAUUAAGGAAAGAUCUCAAAACACGAGGAUCAAUGCAACAACAGCCCAGCUUUGGUAUAAAAGCUUUGCGGAGCCACGGGCUUCUGUGCACUGCACCGCUGAAUGCCUGGGACAGCCUGGAGAGAAACUGAUAUGUGGAGAAGACAUUUCUUCUGGAUAUCCACCAGAUGCUCCUGAGGACGUAACCUGUGUCAUUCAUGAAUAUUCAGACCACAUGACUUGUACUUGGAAUGCCGGGAAACUCACUCACAUAGCCACAAAGUAUGUGGUACAUGUGAAGAGUUUGGAGACAGAAGAACAACAACAAUAUCUCACCUCAAGCUUUAUUAACAUCUCCACUGAUUCAUUACAAGGUGGCAAGAAGUACUUGGUUUGGGUCCAAGCUGCAAAUGCGCUAGGCAUGGAGGAAUCAAAACCAUUGCAAAUUCACUUGGAUGAUAUAGUGAUACCUUCUGCAUCCAUCAUUUCCAGGGCUGAGAAUAUAAAUGCUACAGUGCCCAAGACCGUCAUUUAUUGGAAUAGUCUAACAACAAUUGAAAAGAUUUCCUGUGAAAUGAGAUACAAGGCUACAACAAACCAAACCUGGAAUGUUAGAAAAUUAAACACCAACUUUACAUAUGUGCAACAGUCAGAAUUCUGCCUGGAGCUAAACAUUACAUAUAUAUUUCAAGUGAGAUGUCAAGAAACAGGGAAAAAGUACUGGCAGCCCUGGAGUACACCCUUCUUUCAUAGGACACCUGAAAAAGUUUCCCAGGUCAUGCGGGAAUCAGUCCACCACGAUACCCGGACCUCUGGCCUUCUAGUUGCUUCCACCUUUAAAGAACACCACUUUAUUUCUGACAGCAGGCAAGACACUGGACUUCUGUUGGGAAUGAUCCUCUUCGCUGUAAUGUUGUCAAUUCUUUCUUUGAUUGGGAUAUUUAACAGAACACUCCGAACUGGAAUUAAAAGAAGAAUCUUAUUGCUAAUACCAAAGUGGCUUUAUGAGGACAUUCCUAAUAUGGAAAACAGUAAUGCUGUGAAAAUUCUGCAGGAUAAAAGUGAAUUUAUGAAUCAUAACCCCAGUGAACAAGUCCUAUAUGUGGAUCCCAUGAUUACUGAGAUAGGAGAAAUCCUUCUCCCAGAAGAACACAAGCCUACAGACUCUAAGAAGGAAAAGAAUACAGGCUCCCUGGAGACAAGAGACUGCCCGCAGAAGUCCCUGCCUGACAGUUCUACACUCGUGUAUAUUCCUGACCUCAACACUGGAUAUAAGCCCCAGAUUUCACACUUUCUCAACAGCCACGACAAGAGAGACUCCUCAACUCUUGAAGCACCAGUGGAUGCCUUAGACCUGGGAAAGGACCCAAGGUUAAAAAAAUACCCAGAUUUUGCUUUUUCUAUAUCCAGCAUGAAUUCACUGAGCAACACACUACUUCUUGAAGAAUUAAGCCUCAUUUUAAACCAAGGGGAAUGUAUCAUACAAAACUCAGUAGAGGGAGGAGCCAGCACGCUUUUAGAAAAUGAUGCACCCAAUGAGCCUAUUCCGGAACAGACCUUUCUGCCUGACGAAUUUGUCUCCUGUUUGGGGAUCAUGAAUGAGGAAUUGCCAUCUACUGAUUCUUACUUUCCACAAAAUAUUUUGGAAAGCAACUUCAACAGGAUUUCACUCUUGGAAAAGUAGAGCUGGGUGGUCAGAAGCAAUAUGGGAGCAUAACCUUGCAGCUGGAAAUUGAAUCUCCUCCUCAAUAGAAAUUCGAUUUGGCCUCAUUUUGAAAAAUCAGAGAAUUCAGAUCCAAAGAUGGAAUAUACUUUGAAGUCAGGAGAAAAGCAGCAUUACCAUAUUUGUGUUUAAAGUAUCAGCUGUUUCCUCUUUAUGGCCCCUCCAUGAAAGAGGUGGAGCAGUUCUCUGCAUUGUAUGAAGUAGAUACACGGGGCCAGUGCUGUGGCAUAGCCGGUAAAGCCGCCUGCUCUGGUGCUGGCAUUCCAUAUGGGCGCCAGUUCGAGACCCGGCUGUUCCACUUCUGAUCCAGCUCUCUGCUAUGGCCUUGGAAAGCAGUAGAAGACAGCCCAAGUCCUUGGGCCCCUGCACCCACGUGGGAGAUCAGGAAUAAGCUCCUGGUUCCUGGCGUCAGAUCGACGCAGCUCUGGCCGUUGCAUCCAAUUGGGGAGUGAACCAGCGGAUGAAAGAUCUCUCUCUCUCCUUCUGCGUCUCCUUCUCUCUGUGUAACUCUGACUUGCAAAUAAAUAAAAUAAAAAUCUUAAAAAAACAUGAGCGAUACAAAAUAUGUGGCAGGAAAUUAAACACUGAAAACUUCUUUAAAUGUUAUUAUAUACUUGCAAACGGAGAAUCAAGGUUACUUUUCAUUUUGUCACUUAAAGUUCUCAUGAUCAGAUAAAAAUAUAGCCCCAAACAACAAAAUAAGUAGAAGACAGAGGAGCAGUUAAUUAGCAUGUUUUCUGGGUUAUUUUUUCCGCUACUUUCCAUUCAGGGAAAAGAUCAGGGGUUUGAUUUCUCCUGAGUGUGAUUCUGGUAUAGAAGAGUUGUAGAACAGUGAAAUGUGGAAAUAAUAAAUUGGCUGUCUUCAUUCAAGUUAAGAGUGAUGGUAUUGUCCUCCCAUAGUGAGACUGCUGUCUUACUUACACUGUAAUAACAUUUGUGAGAAGUAGUAGAUGCAGGGUCAUCAGCACGUCAUUAUUUUUUGUUAUUAACUAUGUAGUAGAUGUAUAUCAGAAAUUGUUAGCACAGAUCCUUGUCCAAAUCUGGGAUGGCACGUCUUUGCCCUACCUCCCUUUGCUCCAUAUACUAUGUCUCCUGCAGACAUCACUAACUGAUCACCAGAUAUCUUUCUGCUGAGCUCAACCAGGACCUCAGAAUCCUCCCAACCAGUGUCUUUGAUGGCCACAGUCAAUAAGGACAAGGAUGGGAGAUGAAACUGCCAACCAGCUCAAUACUGAAAAGGGGUGACCUUAAAAUACAAAGUGCAUGUUUUAACUCGAGAAAUGAUCCAUAGCAGAGUUAUCUGUCUGAUGAAUUUGUGGUCCUGUAAAAUUUCUUAAUGACCAGUAUAGUUUGAAAAAAAUUCACCGAAUUUCUGUUUCUUUUCUAACAGUUGUCAACAAUAACAACUUUUACUCGGAUUUACUGGUUUAAUUUUAAUAUCAUAGACUAGGUAAUUAAAAAAAUUCUAUUUGCCUACUGUGUAUUUUGCAUAUG